CCAACCUCCCUCUUACCUUGACUAAUCAUUUGCUUGUUCUUCCAGUGUCUUAUGUUUGCGCAGAACAAGUUUGCACUGCUCUCUCAAGAGGAUCUACUUGAGCUAAACAAAGUGGAAUACCUAAUGCCUAUUUGUUUUAGUGGACUACUGUUAAAAAACAUACAUUGAAGAAGAGCAGAGAAGCCACUUCAUGAGACAGAAACCAGUUUAAAAACCUGAACUUGGAGCAAAUACUAAGGAUAUAUUCAAUGACUUUCAAAUUCCAUCAAGGAACACUUUGGUAUUAUCAUCUUCUUUAACUGACAAUACACUCAUAAUAUAUAUUUCUGCAACUGAAAACUGAGAAAGUGAGGACAGGAAAAAAUGGGUUUGACAGCCAAGAUUCUGAUGGUGUUAGCCUUCAUUGGGUCCAUCUCAAGUUUGUUUGCCCAACAAGAUUACUAUGAGAGACUACGUUCUUCUAGAUUAGGAAGCAUGGCCAGCACUACAACUCCCCCUCCAGGUGAAGAAUCUGAGUCUCAGUGUGUGCAGUGCUGUCAAGGACCAGGAGGAACCAUGGGCAUGCCUGGACCUAAUGGCCCACCAGGAGCAGCAGGAGCUCCAGGGAUCCCUGGAGUACCUGGGAAUCAUGGCAUCAACGGACAUGAUGGCAAUCCUGGUUUACAAGGAGCCAAGGGCGACAUGGGUCCUCAGGGUCUACCGGGUCUCAAAGGCUCAGCAGGAACUCCUGGAAGGCCAGGAGUACCUGGACUCCAGGGGAGAGUUGGGCCACGUGGACCACCAGGAUCUGGAAAUGCAGAACCUUCGGCAACCAGAAGUGCUUUCUCUGCCGCACGACUUACGACGCUAACAGCCCCUCGCGAAUCCGACAUCAUCAUCACAUUUGAGCAUGUCUUUGCAAACUUUGGAAACCACUUCGAUGCAUACACUGGAAUCUACACAGCACCUGUGGCAGGCGCGUACUACUUCAUUUUCAAUAUUCACAUGGCAUCUACGCACAAGAAUCCCUACGUGAAGCUCAUGCUGAACGGCAAAAUGCAGGUUUCGGUUCACGAUUACGACAACAGAGAUGCUUUUGAUUCAACGACAAACAGUGUUAUUCUUGAACUUCAGGCUUCUGACCGGGUGUGGUUACAACUCGACGCGGAUAAUGAAGUCAGCAGCAAUAGCAACAGAUACACAACAUUCACAGGGUACAUGAUAUUCAAGUUAUAAAACUAAAUAGACAUGAAGACACUGAUAUCUGAGAUGCAAUGGCAGAUAAAACGAUGAUUGGUAUUUGAUGCCACUGUAUUGGAACUUUGCAUUUUCAAAGGGGAAAUGAACAGUGGAAUGCCAUUAGAAUUUGCCAUUAAUAGCAUCUGAGAGAGACAAGAUAACAAGUGGAGUACCAUUUCGACAGACAGAAUUUUUUUUCAUCUCAUGUAAGAUAUUGAUGUUGUCAUAAUUAAUUCAUUUUCAGCUCAUAUUUUGCCAGAUUAUACCAUUUGAUUAUUUUCUAAGCUAAUUACUUCCUCUUCUCCAUACUAAAUCUCAGAUAUGGGACCCUAAAUGCUCAUUAUAUUUGAAAAAUUCAUCCUUUAAAAAGAAAAUGAAAAGACUAUUUACCUCGAGAGCAAAGAACUAGAGAGGGUAUCUUCAUGAAGCAUAUUAUCAGUGAUUUUCACUGAAACAAAUCGCUCUGAACCCAUCCUAAGCAAGGAUUGAUUUCAGUAGCUUAUACAAAAUAGUUCUUUAAAAAAAUUACUAUUUGUUUCAUAAAAUGCUUUGUAUGCCAUUAUCUUUGUAACAUUUUUCAAUCUUUAUGGAAACAUCCCUGGCAUGUGAGCAAUUUCAUUUCUCCAAUGCACCAAACAGAUAGUGUAGACAAGUCAUUCAUGUUCCAAGAUUUUUAUCUCCAUUUACUAGACCUUCCUGUUUGAUGGUUUUGCGAAGGUGAAAUCAUUUUUUUUAAUGCUUGAUCUUUCAAAAAGUGCAUUGAAAUACCAAAACGGGAAAACACUUUGAACUGUUAAACUUUUGUUUGGGUAUAGAUUAAAAAAAAAUUACAAAUUUGUCAUGACCGACUUUUGAAGCCAAGUGUACCUCUACAAUCUGUUUUUAUAUAAAAUGCAGUCUCAAGAACCUGUCCAAUUAAAAAGCAGCUUAAGUUACAACUCAUACAUUGUAAAAAUGUGUAAAGAGUAAUCCAAGUUAAGACUCAUUUAUUUAUUGUCAAUAUUAUGCUUGAAAGAUGAAAUUUUAUACUCUGUAUGCAUGUAAUCCGCCGCCUUCCUUAUAAUUGUGUGGUUUUGUUCAGGGGUUUUCUUUGAGGUUUAACAGGAAAUGCUCGCAACAAUCGCCCUGUUGUCAGAUACCAUUUAACCAAGUCCAUGAACAUUUAAGAAAACUAUAAAAUGUAGCUAAUGCAGUGGCUGGUACUUAAAGGAUAAGUCCACCUUGAAAUCAAAUUGAUGUUAACA